AUGGCACCUCUAAACCACAACAAACAGCAGCACACGACCCCAAGCGACAUAACAACCCUCUACCCUAAUGGUGAACCGGUGAAGCGGCCCAUGAGGGGACAGCAGACAGCAGACUAUACCCGCAAGGGCAUGCGGCCUGGCGCGCACCGGGCGGGAGAGGCGGCCAUGGAAAGCAACUGCCACAAGCGGAUGCCCCGCAACCCCCCCCUCUGGACCGGCGGGGGUGAUCCCGGUCCACCCCUGGGGGUCACCCCCAACAGGGCGAAAAUAACUGGGGAGAUGGCUGGAGAGCCGAGCGGCCCACCUAAGAUGGCGGAGACCAUGCGGCCACCAAUCAGCCACGAGACAUUAAGACACCCCCCGUCCAACAUAGAUAAAAUCUUCCAAGAUUUCUGGCUCAAGCUAGAGCUCAGACUACAACAAGGGGCUCCAGGUCCACUCAUCUCAAACUGUCCACCCAGACAGCAGCCACCUAACCCUCAGGACCGGCCUGCAGCCCAGACAGAGCCUCACUCUAUACAGAGGCAGCGGAGGAACAAGCCUGCACCUCGCCCACAUAAGGCAGUGAAGCGAUGGAAACUAAGCACUGGCUCACCCAGUUCACUCACCACCCGGAGGGCAACCCUACCUGGGCCCAGCGGCAUUACUAACCGACCCCAGCUACACCCGUUUACCCAGCUACAGCCGGGCACUCACCACAUCACAGUGGAGUCCCACGGGAAUCCACAAUGA